AUGGCCAGAGAAUACCCAGGAGGCCAAAGAGCGGUUGAAGCGAAACCUACUCCAUUUCCAGGCCAACUAUUUGGCAAUGACAGGGCUGAUGCUAGUGGUGUUGCAGCUGGACAAUCUGUUGGGCCUCUGUGCCACGGUCUUGGUCGCGUUACUCUGGACGGUGGCACCACAAGUUGGCUCAGAAACGCUGUCCCCUGCAAAAGUGGGGCUGCUGGCUGCGCUAUCUCUCAUGGUAUUGUAUUUGGCUGCUGGGACCCUGCUUCUGAACAUGGCAUUCAUUGGGAUUCUUUGUAG